AUGCGGUCGAAGAGGCUCACCACCGAGCCUCCAUGUAUAACAGAAGAAGUGUUUGAAGAAUGCUUAGCCACAGAUGAUAUGUUGGUGGACUACUUCAACGAAUUUUUGAGUCUUCCAACUUUUGCCCAGCCAGUUAAGUUUAACCCUGACUUUGGGGUUUUUGAAGUAAUUAAUGAUGCCCCACAAUGCCUGGAAAGUCAGCUGAAAAAAAUUCUACAUGAUCAGAAACCUCCAAAUCCCAUUUAUGGCGUUCUAAGGAAAGCAAAGAAUCACGGGCAGCUCUCCAAAAUGCGCAGUGCUUCUCCAACCUUCAAUAUUGAUCCAAAUUACAACACUAUGUGUCUUGAUCGAGAACAAGCAAUCCAGUGGAUUAAGAAAGAAAGACUUCCAGCAUUUCUAGAAAGCGACUGUUACUUUGAAUACAGGCUAGCUAAAUUGAUAUCACAGGUAGAAUGGAGCAAGACUGGCAUUAAUUUUAUUAUAGAUAGUGACUACUAUCCCUGGAUAAGGAAGAAACAUCCCAGUUCUCCCCCUCCUGAGGAGGAAGACGCUUAUUUUACUAUGAAGAAGUUCUACGUAUCGCUUGGUCAGGCUACGGUUUCUCAGACAAAGGAUUGGUUUAUGUUAGCAAAACGAAGUGAAUCCACGAAAACUACAAAUUCAUUUAUGCAACCUGUAAUGUCUAGUCAAAUUCAAGAUAUUCAGUGUUUGUCUGGGCAGCAUGAAAGAGACGAUUCGUUAAGCCAAAAAGAUAGCCUUCUGGGUAAGACAGCAUCAGCAAAAGCUGGCAUUAUUAGAGAGAGAUCCAGAGAGGCUUGGGAGGGUUCUUCUGUGGCUGUUGCUGAACCUCCUUUCCACACUCAGUUGGGAGUUUAUCUAGACCCAAAAUGGGACAGUGCAACAAAAGAAGAAAAUGGACAGGAAAGCACAGCUUUUCAGAUACGAGAAGAAUUCAUACCAGCUUAUACUCAAUUUGUAAUGAAGGAACCCAUUUCAGAACUGACUCACCAGCCAGCUGCUGACAUUGAGAGCUUGGACUCCAAGGGAGACGUAAGAGAACAAGAUGCUGAAGAAGUAAGCAUAAGAUCAAGUUCUGAAAGUAAUGGGGCAGACAGUAGGGCUGCCUGGUGUAUUAGUCAUAGGACUUAUGACACUGGCAACAGACACGAGUUUGAAAGAUUCAAGAAGUUCAUUAAAGGAACACUCGGGGAGAGGUACUGGUGGCUCUGGAUGGAUAUUGAAAGACUAAAGGCUCUUAAGGACACUACAAGGCAGCAAAGGCAACUCAUUAAGAUGAAAAAACUCUAUCUGCUGAGCAGUGGAGACUAUUUCCUCGGUACAGAAGUAUUACUCAGACUUGAUCUACUGCAUGGAGAUCAGUGGAAUAAAAGGCAUCUAAGACGGAUUCAGCCUGAAGUAGUGAAACCUCUACUUCUUUACUGGGGUCCCAGAUUUUGUGUUGCUCAUUCAACAGCAAUAGAAACUGCCAGCGCAAAACUGAAGCUCUGGCACACAUGCCAAGAGAGACCAAGGAUGGACAUUGAUCCUUUUCCACAAAUGGUUUCACUGCUACCAUUGACACCUAAGUCUUGCAUGCCUAGGAUAUCACCUUCCCUUCCUCAGGGGAAAAGUGCUGCUGGCAGUAUUGUCUUAGGGGGAUCAAGAAUGGAAAGCAUGCUGCAGUCUCUUUAUUUGGAGAACAGAGCAGGCUACUACUUCACACACUUCUGUGAGAAGUCAGGGAAUAAGUUGUGGAAGAACUGUGCGUACUUUUGGUUUGACCUAGAGGCUUAUCGUCAGCUUUUCUACCAAGAAACUCUUCAUCCUUUUAAAAUAUGCAAGCAAGCUCAAUGCUGGCCUGGUGGUGACAGCAGAACAUCGUACAAUCAGUGUUACCAGGCAAUUGCAGAGAGCUACGUACACAUAGCCAUUAAA